AAUUAUAAAAAGGAACCAAGUUCAAUGCAUAGGAGUAACAGAACAUUAUCUCUGCAUCUCUUUCUCGAAAGUUUCAGGAGUCAAGAUGGCUGAAGAAGUGAAGCUGUAUGGCACAUGGUCAAGCCCUUUUAGCCGCAGAGUUGAACUUGCACUGAAGUUGAAAGGAAUACCAUACGAGUACAUUGAAGAGAACCUACAGAACAAGAGCUUUUCACUUCUAAAAUAUAACCCAGUUCAUAAGAAAAUCCCUGUGCUUGUACACAAUGAAAAACCAUUGGCCGAGUCCCUAGUCAUUCUUGAAUACAUCGAUGAAACAUGGAAGAACAAUCCUAUUUUGCCUCAAGAUCCUUAUCAAAGAGCCAUGGCUCGCUUUUGGGCUCGGUUCAUUGAUGAAAAGAUCUUGGCUACAGCAUUAAAAGCUAAAGAUUCUGAAGAAAAGGAAAGAGAGAAAGUGAUGGAAGAAGUCUGUGAACAGAUAAAAAUCCUGGAGGGUGAACUCACUGGGAAGGACUUCUUUGGAGGUGAAACUAUUGGGUAUGUGGACAUUGUUGCAACUAUGAUAGGAUUUUGGUUUCAAGUUACACAAGAAGUGACUGGAAAAAAAACAGUGACCGAAGAGAAGUUUCCAGUCCUAUUCAAAUGGAUUGAGAAACUCAAAAGCAUAGAUGUUGUCAACCAAUGCAUUCCUCCAAGAGAGAAACACCUCGCUUAUGUUAAAGCUCGCAUUGAAGCCCUCAAGCUCAGUUCUGCUCCCAAGUAAAGAAUUUCGUAUCACCUCGAUAAGAUUAUAGCCCUCAUCUCCAGUGUUUUAUGAUCUAGUAAUGCAAAGUUUGAAUAUUUGGACUUGGUGAGAUUUUAUGUUUGAUCUUAUUGAUAUGAAUAAAAAAUUUGGUUUGUUGUUA